AUGACGGAGUCAGAGGAGUUGCUCAGAACGUGGUUACGCCAAGCCCAGUUGAAGAGAAGGAUUGUCAAUGUACAUGCUUUGCACCAGCAGAACGCAUUUGCGCCUAUAAAGUUUGAUAGAACAGACCUGCUAAGUGUUCAGAUUCCUUAUGAAGAUCCACUAGUCGUCAGUCUAAUAGUUGCAGAAUGCUUGGUUCGAAGAGUUCUGAUUGAUCCAGGAAGUAGUGCAAAUGUCAUGCCCAGAGUGAUGUUCGACCGACUUGAGAUCGAACCCGAGAAACUUAAACCCAUAGGAAAUCCAUUACUCGGAUUUGAUGGGAAGUGGGUGGAGCCCAUUGGCAUGGUGAAAUUGACAGUACAAGUUGCUGAGAGAGUUUUGACUGAGAGUUUUGUGGUCAUGGAAAUUCAUCCAUCCUAUAACCUCUUGAUGGGAAGAGGGUGGAUACACAGAGUUCAGGGUGUCCCAUUAACCCUACAUCAAGUGAUGCGAUGCUUGGGUCCAGAUGGGACCAAGGAGCCUUCACCCAGCAAAGAUGGGGAGGAGGAGCCAUCAGUUCUGACCACAGAGCCUCUUCUUGAUGUGAAGAUCGACCAUAAGAAACUGGACCGAACAACAAGGGUGGGAUCUAGACUUACUGAAGAGGAAAAACUAGGGUUGAUUGACUUCCUGACUCGGAAUGCAGAUGUAUUCGCAUGGAGCCAUUCAGAUAUGCCAGGGAUUAGUCCUUCUGUGUCCUACCAUUCCCUUAAUAAAAAGAAUGGAAAAUGGAGAGUAUGUAUUAACUUCACUAAUCUGAACAAAGCUUACCCAAAGGAUAGCUUCCCAUUGCCAAGGAUUGAUCAAAUAGUGGAUGGCAUCACAGUAUACGAGCGAUUAACCUUCCUGGAUGCUUAUUCCAGUUAUAAUCAAAUCCCCAUGGACCCAAUCGAUGAAGAGAAAACUUCUUUUGUUACUGAACGAAGGACUUACUGCUACAAAGUCAUGUCAUUCGGAUUAAAAAAUGCGGGAGCUACUUAUUUGAGGCUGAUCAGCAAGAUUUUCAAAAGCCAAAUGGGGAGAACUGUUGAGUCUUACAUUAAUGAUAUGGUGGUCAAGAGUAAGAAGAAGAAUGAUCACUUAGCGCACCUUCAGGAUGUGUUCGAUAUGUUGAGGCAAUACGGGAUAAAGCUUAAUCUGGCCAAAUAUUCAUUCGGCGUGAGCUCUGGUCAAUUUUUGGGACAUGUGGUCAAUCAUAGAGGAAUUGAGGCCAGCCGAGCGCAGGUAGAAGCUCUGAUCAGAAAUGCAGAACCAAAGACAACUAAGGAGGUGCAGGCACUCACAGGUCAAAUAGUUGCGCUGAGUCAAUUUAUUUCUAAGCUCUCAGACCGUUGUAAACCAUUCUUUGAUACAAUUCGAGGCUAUGGAAGGUAA